AUGAAGCUAGCUCCUCUGGUUAGCUUGGUUGUCGGUGGCCUGGCUGGAUUAGGCACCGCGGUCUUGCAACCCCGAGAUUUCGACUCUAACGACUACUACGUCCUCCAUCUUGAACGUUAUGCUCAGCCCGAUCUAAUCGCGUCUCGGUUAGGUCUGAGACAUGAGGGCCCGCUAGGCGAACUCCCAGGUCACCACAUAUUCUCUACAUCUAAAGCUGGCGAAGAUAUUGUGAGGCGCACUUUGCAAGAGCGUCGGCGCAAGCGGUCGCUAGGCAAUGCGGAUAUCCUAGAUGGGGUAAAAUCCUCCCACAAGCAGAAGCUACGGGCCCCCAUGCAGAAGCGAGUCAUCCCACCCCCGCCAGCUGAUCUAUAUCCCGGAAAACGAGAAGAUAAACCAGAUGCAAAAGCAGUAGAAAAGCAAAAAUUCGUGAUGGGGAAACUUGGGAUUUCUGAUCCGAUAUUCAACGAGCAAUGGCAUCUUUUCAACCCCGUUCAAGUUGGACAUGACGUGAAUGUAACCGGUGUUUGGCUGUCAGGUGUUACAGGCAAGAAUGCAACUGUAGCUAUUGUGGAUGAUGGACUGGAUAUGUACAGCAAUGAUUUGAAGCCAAACUACUACGCCGCCGGUAGUUACGACUUCAACGACCAGAGACCAGAACCUCGUCCGACCCUUUCCGACGAUAAGCAUGGUACCCGAUGUGCUGGCGAGGUUAGUGCUGCAAAGAACGACGUCUGCGGCGUCGGUGUCGCAUACGAUUCCAAGAUUGCCGGUAUUCGCAUUCUGAGUAAACUAAUCACGGAUGCGGACGAAGCCCUCGCAAUGAACUACGAUUUCCAACAUAAUGAUAUCUACUCUUGCUCAUGGGGCCCGCCAGAUGAUGGACAGUCGAUGGAUGCUCCUGGUAUUCUUAUCAAGAGGGCUAUGUUGAACGGUGUGCAGAAAGGACGUGCUGAGAAGGGAUCUAUAUAUGUUUUCGCUAGCGGCAACGGUGCUCAGAGCGAAGAUAACUGCAACUUUGACGGGUAUACGAAUAGCAUUUACAGCAUCACUGUUGGUGCCAUCGACAGACAGGGAUUGCAUCCUUACUACUCGGAGAAAUGCUCGGCUCAGCUCGUUGUUACUUACAGCAGUGGCAGUGGUGAUGCUAUACAUACGACCGAUGUUGGAGAGAAUCAAUGCUAUAACGGACAUGGAGGUACCUCUGCUGCUGCGCCCCUGGCUGCUGGAAUAUUCGCUUUGGCUCUGGAAGUACGCCCUGACUUAUCCUGGAGAGAUAUGCAAUAUAUUGCAAUGCAGAGCGCGGUGCCCGUAGACCUCGACACCGGAGAUUGGCAACCCACCACUAUCGGCAAGAAUUUCAGUCAUACCUUCGGUUACGGCAAGGUUGACAGCUACGCUCUCGUAGAGACGGCAAAGUCUUGGAAAAACGUCAAACCCCAGGCCUGGUUUUAUUCCCCGUGGCUGCAUGUCAAUAAGGAUAUUCCUCAAGGCGACAAUGGAUUGUCGGUUACUUUCGAAGUCACAAAGGACAUGCUCAAAGAAGCAAAUCUGGAGCGUCUUGAGCAUGUUACUGUGACGAUGAACGUCGAGCAUAGCCGCCGAGGUGACUUAAGUGUCGAUCUCAUCAGUCCAGACAACGUGGUUAGUCACAUCUCUGCUACACGUAAACAUGAUGUUAGCAAGGAAGGCUAUGACGACUGGACUUUCAUGAGUGUGGUUCACUGGGGUGAAUCUGGAGUUGGGAAAUGGACACUCAUUGUGCGCGAUAGCGUUGUGAAUGACGACUCUGGCAAAUUUAUCGACUGGCAUCUUAAACUAUGGGGUGAGAGUAUCGACGCCUCUAAGGCUACGUUAUUGCCCAUGCCAAGCGAAGACGAUGACGCAAACCACGAUGUAACAAGCACCGCUACUCUGCCCGCCGCUACAACCAGCCUCCCUCCAAACCCAGAUGCGACCAACACAGCAGAAUCGACCCCCGUUCCAACAGACCACCCUGAACGCCCUAUUAAACCUAGUAAGACUACGGGCGACAGUAUUGCUUCUGAGACAGGUACCGAGUCUGCAGCCGCAGAGACGACUACUGCUGAAAAUUCUUGGUUACCCUCGUUCCUUCCUACAUUCGGCGUCUCCUCUAGCACUCAGGCUUGGAUCUACGGCUCUAUUGGUCUCAUCGUCGCCUUCUGCUGUGGACUCGGCGCGUGGUUCUGGUUCAUGCGCCGCAAGCAGCGCCUCAACAACCCUCGCGACGACUACGAGUUCGAGCCACUCAAUGCUGAUGACGGUGGUGAUAACUUAGGCGCAACCGGCGAGAAGGGUAACCAGAAGCGCCGCGCUGGUGAGCUGUAUGAUGCCUUUGCGGGUGGCAGCGAGGACGAAGAUGAUAAUGAAAUGGAGAGGAAUCAUUUCGAUAUCACUAGUCGCGACGAUGACGACAGCGAUGAUGAGGAAGAAGGGAGAGGAGCCAACAGGGGGAAGCAAAGCUCCAGGCUAUUAAGCGAGGGGAGGUAG